AUGCGCAGCAUGAUCUUUGCCGUCUGUGCAUUUGCAACAUGUGGAGGGUACUCUGGUCACCUGCGGGUUAGAGUGGAAUGUCUGGACAAGAGCCAGAGCAACCUUAGCAUCACAGUAAACUUUGCCUAUCCCUUCAGGUUACAGCAGGUCCAUUUCCAGCCCACGCUGUGUGAGAGGAACAGACAGGAGAGCAUCUUCCUAGUCGGAGACUAUUCCUCCUCAGCUCAGUUUUUUGUGACUGUGGCUGUCUUUGCCUUCUUCUAUUCCCUGAUGGCCACCGUAGUGUACAUCUACUACCAGAACAAGUAUCGCGAGGGUAACAGAGGACCGUUGGUGGACUUUGUAGUGACCGUGCUGUUCGCCUUCAUGUGGUUGGUGAGUUCCUGUGCUUGGGCCAAAUCUCUGUCUGAUGUAAAGUCAGCCACUGAUCCCACCCAGGUCCUCCUGCUCAUCUCUGCCUGCAGAUACCCGGCCAACCGGUGUUCAGCUUCCCACCACCCAGUCUGGUCUGAGCUCAACACGUCUGUGGUUUUUGGUUUUGUAAACUUUAUCCUCUGGACCGGCAACAUCUGGUUUGUCUUCAAAGAGACAGGCUGGUACAAGACUGGCCAGAGGUACCCAAUGAGAAGCGCCUCUGGGAGACGGGCCAAUGGGAUGAGCCAACGGCUCUACAGCCAAAGCAGUUUCGACCAAUCAGGGGACAGCUUCUAUCAACAUCCAUACAGGCAGGCUAGUUUUGAUCAAUCACGGGAGAGCUUUGGCCAGCAGCACUACAGCCAAGGUAGCUUCAACCAAUCAAUAGGGAGCUUUCGCUUGCCACAGACCCGUCUAGGACAGCCAAUCAUCAUUAGUCAGGGAGAUGUCACCUCUAAAGGGCUUAAUCCCAUCAUAUUUGUCAAUGAUAUUUAGAUCACAUUUCAUAUAUAUUUUCCCCUCAUCUACUCAAACUUAACUAGAUCUGAAAAUACUUUUGCAUAUUGAUACCUGACCAUAAGCAGGGUUGGGUAUGUUACUGUCUAAGUGAAAUACGUUGCAGUUACUAGUUAUCUGUCUUAAAAUUGUAAUCAGUAACAUUACUUUUGGAUUGCCCAAAUUCAGUAACGUAAUCUGAUUACCUUCAGUUACUUUUGGAUUACUCUGCCAUUAAGAGGCAUUUGAAGAAAACAAAAAGGAUCCAUCAAAUGCAUUUGGUGUGUCAUCAUAGGGGUCUCUGACUUGUGGUCAGACUCGCUCAGGUGGAACAAACUUAAUUGAAUGUCAUUGAGAAACAGAAAGGUGUCAUAAUGUAUUUUCUUCUCAAACAUCCUUUCUGAAUUUAAAAGUAGCCUAAAGCAAAAAGUAAUCAUCUAUUUUUUCAAAAGUAUCUCAAACCUGAUUACAAUAUUUUUGCAGGUAACAUAACUGAUUGCAGUUACAGUUUUUUGUGAUCAGAUUACAUGUAGCUGAUUACAUUUGACCAUGAGGUAUAGGUCACCACUCCCAUGUAGAUUUCCAGAUAUAAAGUUUGCGAGGGCACAUGGAUGAAGUUGUAAUAUCUACAGGGGUGGACUGUAAGAGAGAAAGAUGACAAGAAGAAGGCAUACUGAAGGGGAAGGAAGGAUUUAGCAAGUUAGUUUUUAAGACGACAUCGGAGUAGACUGGAAAAUGUAUCAGAAAUGGAAAUAAAGUGAGAGAAGACUGUGUGAAUAGUGUGAAUGUGAGUGGUUUGGCUCAGCUCACAUUCAUGUACAUUACUGUACAACCUUGAGCAAGGUACUUAACCCUAGUUCCUCUGGAUAAGAGUGUCUGUAAAAUGAUUGAUAUUUUUAAUGACAAAUUGUUUCAUGCUUCAGUAAGUUUGUGCUGUUGAAUUGAAAACUGUGGACAUACGUUUGUGAACCGCCUGUUAUAUAUAUUCUAAUUAUACCUCAUCUGAUGUUCAAAUGGUUGCAGUGAGUUUGAUUGGUGGUGGCUGUGCUCUGCUGAUAGUGUCAUGCAGUGAUGUUCCACAGUGAGUCGUUCCACACAUUUUGUAUACGUGUUGUAAUUUCUCAAUGGUUUUAAAGUGAUGGUGAUAUUUCACAGGGAUCUAAAUAAUACUGACAUUUGAAGAUGCACAAAUAAAGCCUUACAUUCGCAUUGU